AUACACAAAAAAUUAAAUUACAUUUUUUGGUAUUCCGUUUUUCGACAGACCAAAGCAGAUCAGCGUCUGCGGCAUACACAGAGCCACCAGCGGAUUGUAAGAGAGAGGUGCUGCGGGAGAAGGAGGCGCGAGAGAACGCCCUGUUAGAGGAGGCCAAGUGUGAGUUCGAGGAGGCGGAGAACGACACGCGGUUGCAUUUGCAGCGCAACGAGGUGGAACUGGAGAUCACACGGCAGCGGAACGAGGAGCUAGAGUUCAGCAAGGACGCAUUGGGGGCCAAGUACAAGGACUUCCGCGCCGAGUGCCUGAUACUGAGAGAGGAUUUGGGUGCAGCGGAGACGCAAUUGGAGCAUCUGCACCAGGAGCGUCAGCGAACGAAGCGACAAUUGGAGGCACUGCGUCGAUCUCUGCCACUGCUGUUGAUCUGUCGCCUGUUGGCUCUGGCCAAAAUGGGCAACGAUAUAUCCACCGCUAGUCCCAGUGCCCGCCUCUACUCCGGACAGUGUGCUGAUGCCGAUGCCAAGCCCGAGGACACACUCAAACAGGGCGAGAGUCCACGGCACAGCUGUGACGCGCGGGAGGUCAGCUUCCUGCGGGAAAAGGUCAAGGUUAUGCGCAGCCAGCUAAAGCAUCUGAAGACCUGCCUGACCUCAGUUUCGCCAAUAAGCUGCAGGCGAGCACCGACGAGGCGCUGAAGCAGGAGGCCGAAGCUCUGCGCAGCCAAAUGUACGCAAGAGCUUCAUGCACAUCGAAGUCACCAAUGGGGUGCUCAAAGAGAAGGUGGGUACGCUAGAGAACAAGAUCCGGCAGAUGGAGUCGCAAUUGAAGGAGUCCGAGGAGCGUGCCCGCUGCCUGGAGGAUGAGCUGUGCCAGCGCAUGGAGUGUGAAAUUGGAGUCUUCCCGGAGGGCUUAAGUCUCGCCCACGAGCUCUACGACAGUCCGGCCAAGCGGGCCAAACGAGAGGAGAUCAAGGAUUUGCAGUCCGCAAGCCUGCAACUGGGCUGUGUCCUGUGCGACGUUGAGGAACAGCGGCAGAGCGAGGCAGAUAUUCCCACAUACAAGGAGUUCCAGGUGAUAGCAUGCAGCGUGAAUCAGCUGGAGCAAAUACUCGCAGCCAAGAAUCCUGAGGACAUGGAGCAGCCAGAGAUGGAGCAUAAACAGCAACUCUUUUCGAGGCGACGUAAGCGGAAGAUGCUCAAACGGUUCAUCUGGAGCCGCAUCUAUCGCGGCCGAGUGCGCCGCCGUGCGCUGCAGCGGAGUCUGUCGAGCAACAGCUUCUACUCGAUGUCUUCCCUUCACACCGUCCACUCGGAUACAUCGAUGCUUUCCUUCCGUUCGCAGCAUGCGAGUUUGGAGGCAGCGCCAACUGUCACGGCGGACUACGUGUCCAUUGUCCAAACGGAGUCAAUAUCCACUUGCGUCCAGGCGGUGCAGACCGAGCUCGAGACCUCAGAGUGUUACACUCAAUGUGACCGUGUGGAUGUGGAGCAGCGUCUGCUGCUGCUGCCGCAGCGGACGCGCCGAUUUGUGGAGCUGCUGCAGUGCGAGGCGGAGGAUGUGCAACGCUUCAGGGCCAGUCUGCUACAAAUGUGGGAGAGCAGCGAGUCCUUUCGCGAACACAUCGAACUGGUGCAGGAUCUGUACUGGGCACAGCUGCCGCCACCCGUGGAAAGCUUGGAGGUAUUUGCCAGUGCGAUCGGAGCUGUGCGCGACUUGGCAGCGACCAUGCAGCCGAAGUCUUCAUUUACGCUGAAAAAGAUCGAGCAGCGUUUCAACGAUCGCGUGCUGCACUUGCACUGCGAGAUGGCGAAGAAAACCGAGCCGGAAAAUCCGGUAAAGGCGAUGCCGCAAAUGGGUUUGGUCUUCACGCAUGUUGCACGACCAAAUCCUUUAUUCGAGUUAUUGGGUAUAGCAUGUAAUCCGAAUAAGGAGUCAGCCAAUAUAUAAAUUUUGAUUACA